GUGCGCCCGUGCCUCACCUGGAGGGACGUCCAGCACAUCAUCGUCUUCACGGCCACCAAGUAUGAAGACCAUCGUGCCCGCUGGGACCUCAACCAGGCUGGGCUAAGCCACAGUCACCAGCACGGUUUCGGACUGCUGAACGCCUGGCGGUUGGUCAACGCAGCCAAGGUCUGGGAGUCUGUCCCUUAUCUGGCCUCCUACGUCAGCCCCCUCCUGAAGGAGCGGAGGGCCAUCCCGCUGGACCCGGGGCAGCUGGAAGCCACCUGGAACGUGACCGAAGCCGACCUGGAGCCCUCGGGGUUGAAGACGCUGGAGCACGUGGCUGUGACGGUCAGCAUCACCCACCCCCGCCGUGGCAAUCUGGAGAUCCACCUCCUUUGUCCCAGCGGCAUGGAGUCCCUGGUGGGGACAGCGCGCAGCAUGGACUCGGACCCCACCGGCUUCGUGGACUGGACCUUCUCCACUGUGCGCUGCUGGGGCGAGGAGGCCCAGGGCCGCUACCGGCUGACCAUCCGGGACGUGGGAGCCGAGACGCCGAGAGCAGGCAGGCUGGACCAGUGGCAGCUGACGCUCUACGGCUCCUCCUGGAGCCCCGCGCAGAUCCAGGAGCGCCAGAGGCUGCUGGAGAAGGCCAUGAGUGGGCAGUUCCUGGACGGGGACUUUGCCUCGCCUUGCCCCCCCGGGCUCCGGAUCCCCGAGCAGCAGCCCUACACCAUCACCGCCAACACCCUCAAGACCCUGAUGCUGCUGGGCUGCCUGGCCGUCUUCUGGACCUUCUACUACCUGCUGGAAGUGACCUGCGACCGCCGGGCCUUUGGCCUCCCAGCCCGCAGCCGCCGGGCCUCCCGGAGCCCGGAAGGAGGAGGAGGAGGAGGAGGAGGUCUGAUGGAGGACACGGUGCCCCUGUGCAAGGAAGCCGAGGCCGGAGCCGAGCAACCGUCCCCGGGCCUGCGAGACCUGGAGGAGGGCUGGGGAGCUCCAGGCCCUCACUGGAGAGAGGAUUGCUGAACCUCCUGGAGCAGGAGCAAUCUACCUCGGUCGUGCCUUGCUGAGCAUGCUAGUGCUGCCUCCCUCUGCCGGGAGAGAGGCCUCUCCUGCCCCGGCAGCUCCCCGAGAAGCCGGGCCGGAAGGGUUGAUUCCUGGGCCCUCGCCGGGCACUGCAGGGACAAGGAGACCAGUCCAGCUGAAGGACGGGGAGGAGAGGGGCUGCUGCUGGCCAGAAGGGGGCUGUGGCCGUGGGCUGGACUCCUGCUGCACCCAGAGCUCCUCUCCUCACCCCGGCAGCUCCUGGUCCUGCCAACCCACUGCCUUAUCUUGCACUC